GCCAGCCGUUCAGUUCAAUGAGCUCUAGCAGAGUUGAGAAUGCGUGUACAUGAUCUUCUCGUUGCAUUGUCCGUAUGGCCAGCGGCCAUGUCUGGGCAUCCUACCGAGGCCCAAAAUGCACCAAGCAUCAGCCUGAUACCGUCUUUGUUUCCCCUUGAGCAAUAUGCAGACUCUGUAGCGCUCUUCCCUAUGCCGCCCUGCGGCACCUUUGGGCUUGAAGAGGCGAGCAUCGACCAGAUGCAAGCUGCUAUGGCCAACGGCAGCCUCACAUCCCAACAGCUGGUGGCCUGCUACAUGAUUCGCACAUAUCAAACAAACUCCUACAUAAAAUCACUCCUGCAGUUUAAUCCAGACGCACUUGCUAUCGCCGCCCAGAUGGACGACGAGCGGGCAGCCGGACGAGUCCGGGGCCCGCUGCACGGAAUCCCUUUCACGGUCAAGGAUAACAUCGCAACAAAGGACAACCUCGAGACCACAGCGGGAAGCUGGGCUUUACUCGGUAGUACCGUGCCCCGAGAUGCCUUUGUGGUCAAGAGACUACGCGAUGCGGGCGCCGUGCUGCUCGGGAAGGCCACGCUGAGUGAAUGGGCGGACAUGAGGAGCAAUAGGUACUCGGAGGGUUACUCAGCGCGAGGUGGGCAAUCCAGGAGCGCCUACAACCUUACUUUGAACCCAGGCGGAAGUAGUUCCGGCAGCGCGGCCGGGGUCGCUGCAAACGCAGUCGCAUUUUCUCUUGGGACGGAGACGGAUGGAAGCGUCAUCAAUCCGGCAGAGAGGAACGCCAUUGUUGGAAUCAAACCCACUGUCGGUGUUACUUCGAGGAGCGGCGUGGUCCCUGAGUGUGAGCACCAGGACACGGUGGGAACAUUUGGCCGUACCGUUCGAGACGCUACUUAUGCAUUGGACGCGAUAUACGGCGUCGACCAACGGGACAACUACACUUUUCCCCAACAUGGAAAUACGCCAGAAAAUGGUUAUGCACAGUUCAUUUCCGAUAAGAGCAGUCUCGAAGGCGCAAUUUUUGGCCUACCUUGGAAAAGCUUCUGGGUAUAUGCUGACGUCGAGCAGCAAGAGAUUCUUGUCUCCAUCUUGAGGUUGAUAGAGUCGUCCGGAGCCACCAUUGUGAACGAGACGGAGAUCCUGGACUUCGAGACACUUGUGAGCAAAGAUGGUUGGGACUGGGACUGGGGAACAACCAGAGGUCGUUCCAACGAAAGCGAAUACACAGUGGUGGCGGUCGACUUCUACAACAACAUAAAGUCAUACCUUUCUGAGCUGGGAAACACCAAUAUGAAAAGCUUGGAAGACAUUGUCAAGUUCAACUACGAAAACGAUGGUAGCGAAGGCGGCUAUGCCUACCCUGACGAAGGAGGCAUUCCCGCGUUCGCGUCAGGCCAGGACGGAUUCCUGGCGUCCCUAGCUACCGGCGGUAUCAGGAAUGAAACUUACUGGCAAGCCCUUUCCUUUUGCCAAGGGAAGACCCGGGAUGGAAUUGACUGGGCAUUAAAGGGCGGCGAUCAAGAACUCCCUGAAGGAAAGGCAAAACUCAAUGGGCUCCUCGUACCGCCAGACGUGGGGCAAACGUAUCAGAUCGCGGCGCAAGCAGGGUACCCAAUGAUAACGAUUCCAGCAGGUGUACACUCGAGUGACGGAAUGCCAUUUGGGCUCGCGAUCAUGCAAACUGCGUGGGCGGAGGUGGAGCUAGUAAGGUGGGCGAGUGCUAUCGAAGACUUGCAGCUCACAUCGGACGAAUGGCUCUUCAAGAGAACACUUCCUGAAUGGAGAUCAUAUCGUCGCAGAAACAUACCAGUCCUGUGAGAUUGAUAGAUUCAAUCACACCAACAAUCUUGCACUUGACUCAAAGUAUCGUUCGGCUCUGCUUCUGAACAAUACCUAGAGGUGCUUGCUCAGG